AUGUUUGCCACAUCGGGCACUUCUGCCUCAUUUGGCAAACAAACCAGUAAGUGUAUGUUCUCAAUGCUACAAGAAGCUGAACGAGCAAACCUUAAUGAACCAGAAGACCAGCGGCACUCAGAUCAUCCUCGUCCUCCUCAACGAGUGCUUCGUGAAAUCAGUAAGGGACAAACAACGAAAAAAACGGGACAUGAUAUUGACGAUACCAUUGGCAUGGAAGCAAAAUUGACAGAAUCGCGUGAAGAUGGUAAGGAUCUGAACUACAUAUCGAUCGGUAUGCCUAACAGUGCGUUGACAUUAUCUGAAAUUGAGGAGCGCCUAGCAGCUUUACGUGGAUGUGAUGUCGAACUGAUCCGUCGACCUCGUUGUAUAUUUGAGUCUGCUGAAAAAUUACGGCCAACAGGUGAUACAGUGCAGGGACUCCUGAAAGAGGCCAGAGAUUUGGUGGAGAUUAAUGAUAGAUACGAUCCAGUCACUGAGUUGGAGAGGCGGCAUAAACGUCUGAGAGAGGAGGGAGAACAUUCACAUUCUACAAAAGCUGUUGUGGAAGAUGAUUCUUCAACACUUGUAGACGGCCUUGCAACUGAUACAGAGGGGCAGCGACUGUCGAAGGCAUCAACGGCGACUGCUUUUAGCGAAGCUAGUGCUAAGGAAUUGGAGGAAAUUAACAGACUGAUGGAAGAUGCUCAAAAGCGAGUAAAUGCUAGUGAAGCUGAUGAAAAACGCAUGGAAAGAGAGAUGAAGAGUUUAUUAACAGCGACCCGUCAAAAAUCUUUAGAAUUGGAAGAAGUAAAUAGACAAAUUGGUCAAUUUUGGGACAAACAAUUGGAGAAGGAAUGCAUUUCUGAAAGCGAAGAUGAAUCACUUGAUGAAGAAACUGUGAAGAAGAUCAUUUUAGAGGCCGAUCAGACUGUAAAUGAAGUCCGUGAUGAUCAGCCUUCUUCAAGCGCAUUGAUGUCAUCAAAUGUGCCAUUACCGCAAUCGCAAACCAUUGUGAAAACAUUUCCGGAAUUCCUUGCUAAACGCCCCUUUUUUCAUCCAGGAAGACCAGUUCGCAGUGAAUCAUGUUUCUUUGUGUUGCAUGCCAACGUGAACUUUCUUAACGACGAGCGUCCGGAGAUUUCGUACGAUAAAUCAGGUAAGUUUGGUCUUAUUCCACCUUUUGAUCCACUCGGUGAGAAAAAGUCUUGUGGUGGAACUGUGAAGGACUCUUUACAAACACCAUCGAUGGGUAUAUGUUGCGCGAAUCGAACCGAACUCCUACUGCUUUAUGGCUUGGACAACAGCGCACAUGCAGAUCCAAUUUGGGAACGUCCUUGCUCGCCGGAACAAACUACCGUUACGGUCGCCUCUACGGAUAUUUCUAUUGGAGAGUCUCUUUCGUCUACAGAAACAGCACCUUCCACUUUCACUUCCAUAAAUGAAAGAUUAUCAACAUCUUCUCUGACCUCUGCACGUACUGAGCACCGCAAUAAUCCUCAGCAAUUACAAGAUGGUGGUACAGACUUUGAUAACGAGUUAUCAGAAGCGAACGGUGACAUUCUAAACCAAAUUGGUUCAGUUUCGAGACAGAUUGUGACUACCAAGGAUGUCAUCGAUUCAAAAAGCGACAUGAAUCGUCUAGAGAAUAGAUUAACCAUUGAUGAAAGGACAACCAAAACAGAACCUAAUCACACGAAAGUACUUACGAGCAUCGCUGGAGAAAACGGAGCCGAUAUAUUAGGUGAACUAAAAGUGAUUCCUACAGGGUUUCCUGUUCCUGCAAGUCUUCCCCUGAAGAACGUUAUGGAAUCGCAAAAAGGUGGAACUCAAACGUCCUCUGAAAAUGAAAUGGAGAAAGAACAGCAUAUUGGCUCCACUACCAUCUCUCCCAUGGAUGUAAAUGUUAAUGAAGAAGACAACCAUGUGAAUCUCGAGGUGGAAAAGAAAGAUAUGGAAGUUACUGGAAAUGAGGAAAUGCUCCAACAAACGACAACAGGUGCACCGGUGAACCGGGCGGCGAUAUCAAUCGAUAAUGAUACUGAAUUCAAUAGAAAACCGAUAGAAUUGACUAUAAAAAGUAACCACACUGAGGAGGAAUAUGACAUGAAAGAAGAGUUUUCUGAUAACAGAAUUUCUAAUGAGCCCACUAUGGAAUUAGUCACUGUUGCUCGCUUGGAUAGUGCUGGUAACUCGACGAACUCUGAUGAUGGUCUGCAUAAAUUAGGGAAGCAAAAGGCAGUCAGCGAUAUCAGGAGUGAUAGUGAAGAAGAAGUACUUACUUCCCAAUUAAAUGGGAACUUAUCUGUCAAUGACUCUCUUUCGAAUGAGAAAAGCUCUACUGAUGGACUGGAAUCGAAAUCAGAGAAAGAAGCCAUCUCAACAGAAGAGGAAGCUUCAAGUGAUGAGGCUCUCAGCAAAGGACAACACUUGUCUAUUAACGAUGGAGGUUCAUCAGCACUCGGAAACUCAGAGAAUCAAUUAACCACUCCAAAUUUUAUGCCGAACGCUUCGGAAGAAGACCAUUCGACGACUACUGAAGGAGAAGUCGUACGUAUGAAUGCAGAGGAGCAGACAUCAACUGAGCCAAAUAGCAAUGUCGAAGCAGAGGCACAACUGAAAUCUAAUCUUUUAGAAGAUCUCCCAAAUGAAAGCGAGUCUGACAAAGCAGAAAUGACAAGUAGUUCCAUGACGAGUUCAGCGAAAGCUAUGCUUGAUGACGAGGAAACCCAAAAAGGACACGAUAAAGGUAUACUGGAAUAA